AUGGAGGAAGAGGAUGAGUAUAGAAGGAAGGAGCGGUUGGCAUUGGUGGUCAUUGUGGUGCUUGCUUCACUGGCCGUGGCUUCCUUACUCGUCGCCUUCAGCUACUACUGCUACAUUCGCAACAAGGUCGCCAAGCGCUUCGAGAACCACAAGGGGUUUGGGAAUGAGGACAAGGGUGCUUUGUCAAAUCUGCAAGUUGCUUCCAGUAAAGGACUUCAGGUCUUCACCUUCAAGCAACUACAUUCUGCUACUGGGGGUUUCAGCAAGUCAAGUGUGGUUGGCAAAGGAGGAUUUGGGUUAGUGUACCGAGGUGUUCUCCAUGAUGGGAGGAAAGUUGCAAUUAAGUUUAUGGACGAAGCAGGAAAGCAGGGAGCAGAGGAAUUUAAAAUGGAGGUGGAGUUGCUAAGUCGGCUGUGUUCUCCAUAUUUGUUGGCGCUGCUUGGGUAUUGCUCAGAUAACAAUCACAAAUUGUUGGUAUACGAGUUCAUGGCAAAUGGUGGUUUACAGGAACAUUUGUAUCCUGGGAGUGGUCCUAAUGCUCCCUCCAUGAAGUUAGACUGGGAAACUCGGUUGAGAAUAGCUCUUGAAGCUGCGAAGGGGUUGGAGUAUCUCCAUGAACAUAUUAGUCCUCCCGUGAUUCACAGAGAUUUUAAGAGCAGUAACAUUCUCUUGGACAAAUAUUUUCAUGCCAAAGUUUCUGAUUUCGGAUUGGCCAAGCUUGGAUCUGACAAGGCUGGAGGCUAUGUUUCCACCAGAGUAUUGGGUACACAGGGAUAUGUUGCCCCAGAGUAUGCGUUAACAGGGCAUCUGACAACUAAAUCAGAUGUGUACAGUUAUGGGGUUGUGCUUUUGGAGUUGCUUACAGGCAGAGUUCCAGUUGAUAUGAAGAGACCUUCUGGAGAAGGUGUUCUUGUUUCUUGGGCUUUGCCUCAGCUGACAGAUAGGGAGCAGGUUGUUCAGAUCAUGGAUCCUGCAUUGGAGGGUCAGUACUCAUUGAAGGAGGUCAUUCAGGUGGCAGCAAUUGCUGCGAUGUGCGUUCAACCCGAGGCAGAUUACAGGCCACUGAUGGCAGAUGUUGUGCAAUCACUGGUCCCACUUGUGAAGAUUCACAGGUCAACGUCAAAGGUAGGCAGCUCUUCUAGCUUUCAUGCAACAAAGUCACCAACGCCGCAGAGUAGUAAAGCAAGUCUAUGA